CAAAUAAGUUCAUAAGUAUGAUGUAUUGAGAAUUGAUUGAGGAAGUAUUGUAAUAAGUACUUUUUGAACUUCUCGUUUUAUGUCUAUGCGUAGAAUCGAUUAUAGAAUUACAAAAUAAACGAUAGAAAACUUCAAGCUUCAAGACAAGAUAGAGAGGCAACUUGUGACAUUGACAGAAAUCGACGAAUAACGAAAAAAAUAAAAAUUGAUUCUAAUAAAUAAGUUUAUCGAAAUAACUAACAAUGGCUACUGCAUUGCCGAUGGAAUCUAACCCGGAAGUUAUGAACAAAUAUCUGGCCCGAUUGGGUGUGUCUGAAAAGUGGAGAAUGGUGGACGUCAUCGGCCUAGAGGAUGAGGCGCUGUCCUGGGUGCCCCGGCCUGUCCUGGCCGUCAUUCUCCUGUUCCCACUAUCCGACGCGUAUGAGCAGCACAGACGCGAGCAAGAGAAAGAUCUCAAAACGAAGGGAUCUCAAGCUCCCAAAGACGUAUUCCACAUGAAGCAAGUACUCAGCAAUAUAUGCGGUACCAUUGCUUUGGUGCAUAGCGUCGCAAACAAUGCCGAAGAAAUCGAAAUAAACGACGGCCUUCUGAAGACUUAUCUGAAGGAUGCUGAAGGUUUAGAUGCUGCAGCCAAAGGAGCUUUAUUGGAGAACUCCGUAGCUAUCCUUGAAGCGUAUAAAGAUUUAGUUAACCAUGAGGCAACUGAGGUUGACAAUACUAGCGAGAUACCUAACAAUCACUUCGUCACAUUCGUCCACAAAGACGGGAACCUGCUUGAACUCGACGGCCGCAAGAUGCUUCCAGUUAACCACGGCCAUACGACACCUGAGCAUCUCCUGGACGAUGCGGCUAAAGUGUGUCGUCAGUUUAUAGAACGUGAACCAGACAACAUUGGAUUCAACGUGGUGGCUCUUGUUCCUGCGGAGUAAUUGCAAAAAUAUUUUUCAAUUUACAGGCUUUCUUGAUUAAUGUUUGCUUAAUAAAAAUGACGUAUUCUAUCAGUUUUGUUCUUAUCAUCGACAUGUUUAUAAAAGGUGGAGUGUGAACAACAAGACAGUGCACUUUCGUUUGGAAGCACGCGAUCUUUCAAUAUGACAUUACGAAAAAUAGCUUCCAUUAAUUCUCUUCAUUAGCAAAUACCAGGUUACACAGCCAGCGUGCGCCGUUGCACGGAUGUCGAUUUAAGUCUUUAAUUCAUAAUUAAUCU